AUGACAACGCUUUCGAAUAUGCUCUGGUCCGAGAACCGUCUCUACAGCGCCUCCCAAAACACCGCCUUCCUCUCAGCCCUAAUGGCCUACCAGACGCUCAUAGAGUCUGACAACAAGGCUUCGCUCUUCAUUCACACCGUAAAUGACCAUGCAUUCGUCACUUUUACUUACUCCGGACCUGUUAAGGAUGGGUGCCCAGCUAUCUUCAUGCCGUUCCAACGUAUCCCGUACAUGCGAUAUCUUGUUCCUCCAGCGCGCAGGACGGUAUUGGAAAUGGCAAAGGGCGUUGCGGAUGUUUUGGAGUCGGAGAAACUGUGUAUUGCAAGUGAGGUCUACCAAGCGGCCGAGCAAGCUCGACUGGAUGCAGUAGCCUCCCUUGCUGAUCUCAACCGCGCAGACCUAACAAUGGUCAUCCAGCCCAUGUCUCCUCUCUCUGUGAAGGCCGCCAACGACAGCGGUGGGAAUUCGUUUAGUUUGAACUGCGCUGGGCACCAGAUCAUCCGCAUAGAUAUGGGGCUUCUGACGCUCUAUUACUACGAGUAUAAUCCAGAGGGAGUCUUUCAGGUUUUGCAGAAUGGAGGAUAG